AUGCUGUGGAGGUUGUUGGGUCGGGUUCAAGGGUGCCAGCUGUCAUCAAGAUUUCUGACAGAAUUCUUUGGGAAGGAGCCGAGGCGUACUAUGAACGCGAGUGAAUGUGUCUCUAAAGGUUGUGCUUUGGAAUGUGCUAUUCUCAGUCCUACAUUUAAAGUUAAAGAAUUUCCAGGUCCAAGAAAGCUUCCCUUUUUCAAUUGCAUUGACAUGGCAAGUAUGCUGAUGUCAGCGAAUUGCAGGCACCAGCAAAGAUCAGUAACCUAUACGAUUGGUCCCUUCCAAGCAACAAAAGGUGAACGUGCCAAGGUGAAGGUGAAAGCCCGUUUGAAUUUGCAUGGAAUUGUGUCUGUGGAGUCUGCACGGUGGCUUAUUGAAGAAGAUGAGGUUGAUGUUCCAGUGACAAAAGAAGCAACAAAGAUGGAUACAGAUAAGGCUCCAGCUGAUGUGGCAUCUGGUAACGAAACAGAUGUAAAUAUGCAGGAUGCCAAUGUGGCUGAAAAUGGUGCUACAGAAACUGGAGAUGUUCCUGUUCAGAUGGAGACUGAUACUAAGGUGGAGGCUCCAAAGAAGAAGGUCAAAAAGUCAAACAUACCCGUUUCAGAGGUGGUUUAUGGAGCAAUGCUACCAGCAGAUGUGCAGAAAGCAGUGGAAAAAGAGUUUGAAAUGGCAUUACAGGACCGAGUCAUGGAAGAAACCAAAGACAAAAAGAACGCUGUGGAAGCCUAUGUCUAUGACAUGAGGAACAAGCUGCAUGAUAAACUGCAAGAGUUUGUGACGGAUUCAGAUAGAGAAGCAUUAAUUGGUAAGCUUCAAGAAACUGAAGAUUGGUUGUAUGAAGACGGUGAAGACGAAACUAAAGGUGUAUAUGUUGCCAAACUUGAUGAGCUGAAAAAGCAAGGUGAUCCAAUUGAGCAACGUUACAAGGAGCACUCAGAAAGAGGAUCAGCUGUAGAACAACUGCUUGGUGUUAUUAAUGCAUACAGACAGGCUGCAGCAUCCGGUGAUUCAAAAUAUGAACACAUUGACUUGAAUGAGAAACAAAAGGUGUUGAAUGAUUGUUCAGAAGCUGAAAACUGGCUAAGAGAGAAAACACAACAGCAGGAGUCCCUUCCAAAACAUGCUGAUCCAGUUCUUUUGUCAUCUGAUAUUAGAAGGAAAGCGGAGGCACUUGACAGGGGAUGCAGGCCAAUAAUGUCGAAACCGAAGCCAGCCCCACCGAAGGCCGCCUCCCCACCCGAGGCACCACCCUCACCAGCACCAGCCCCAGCCCAGGAAGGCGAGCCACAAGCCACCACAAGCCCAGACCCAAACACUAAUGUAGAUAGCAAUGGGAACCCGGAUGAAGCUGCAGCCAUGGAAACAGAGAAGCCUGAAUAAAGCCAAAAGGUUUCCUAGUUUUGUUGAAUGUGUGUGUGGGGGGGUUUGUUUUAUUUGUAUACGUACUCAAGUCGUCAAUAUGGAUGGAUUUGGAUUUUGUUGGGCGAAAACUGGAAAGGUGUCACUGGUAUUUUUGGUGAUGUCACGUAUGUCUUCUUGUGGUCUAUUUUGUUUUCAAUUUUCAUGGUUUAGUAGGUCUAUGAUGGUGAUGGUGAGUGUCUGUUAAAGUUAAAAAGUGCAGGAGUUUUGGUGUUUCUUUGGACGCAAAUGAGACCUGUAUCUAUUUUCCGAAUUACUUUUAUUCAAUGCUACUUUUCAUGUGU